CUGCCUCUCCGAUCUCCGAGUCGCCGCCGUCGGGGGCGCGUUUCGGGGCGAAGGGCGGCCCCCGGUGGAGCGGGGGGGGAGGGGUGCGCGUGGACUGGCCCAUCCCCCGCCCCCGAGAGCCGGGGAGGCUGCCGACUGGCCGGGGAGAGCAGCCGGAGAAGCCACCCCAAUGAUUAAAGAUUGACAUCCGCGGAGAGAACCAUGUCCGUGGCCUUCGCGUCUGCCCGUCCUAGAGGCAAAGGGGAGGUCACCCAGCAAACUAUCCAGAAGAUGCUAGAUGAAAAUCAUCACCUUAUACAAUGUAUUAUGGACUACCAGAGUAAGGGUAAAACAGCAGAAUGUACUCAAUAUCAACAAAUCUUGCACAGAAACUUGGUUUACUUGGCAACAAUAGCAGAUUCUAACCAGAAUAUGCAGUCCCUGCUUCCUGCUCCACCAACACAAAACAUGAAUCUGGGUCCAGGAGGAAUGACUCAAAGUGGAUCGAACCAAUCUCUCCAUUCCCAGAGCAAUCUGAGCGAGGCAAUUGGGACAGGCCUUCCUCCUUCUUCUCUUAUGCAGAGUCAGAUUAGUAAUGGUCCCAGCCAUGUGUCCAUGCAGCAGUCAGCUCAGAAUACCAUGCCAACCACUUCCAUGAGCAUGACCGUCAGCAGCCAUGGUACGGGGCCCGGUUAUAGCCACACUGUGCCUGCGUCUCAGAACGUGCCAAUGCAAGGUCAAGGAUCAAUAGGCAAUUAUGUGUCUCGAACAAAUAUCAACAUGCAGUCUAACCCAGUCUCCAUGAUGCACCAGCAAGCGGCAACAUCACAUUACAAUUCAGCACAAGGAGGGACCCAACAUUACCAAGGGCAGUCCUCAAUCGCCAUGAUGAGCCAGAGCAACCAAGGCAACAGCAUGAUGGGACAGCGGCCCAUGGGCCCUUACAGACCCUCACAGCAAGGUUCUUCUCAGCAGUAUAUGGGGCAAGAAGAGUAUUACAGUGAGCAAUACAGCCAUGGACAAGGCACAUCAGAGCCAAUGAAUCAGCAAUACUAUCCAGACGGUCAUGGUGAUUAUGCCUACCAACAGUCAUCUUACACUGAGCAGAGCUAUGAUCGGUCAUUUGAGGAUUCCACUCAGCAUUACUAUGAGGGAGGAAAUUCCCAGUAUAGCCAGCAGCAGGCAGGAUACCAACAGGGAGCUGCACAACAGCAAACAUAUUCGCAACAACAGUAUCCAAAUCAACAGAGCUACCCAGGACAACAACAAGGAUAUGGUCCUGCCCAGGGAGCUUCCUCACAGUAUUCAAGCUACCAACAAGGACAGGGGCAACAAUAUGGAAGUUACAGAGCAUCUCAGACAGGACCAUCUGCCCAACAACAGAGGCCUUAUGGUUAUGAACAGGGCCAAUAUGGAAACUACCAGCAAUAAAGAACAAGCUUCUUCGUCGAGUUCAUUUCAGUAGUAUGUCCGUCUUUCGAACUGGAUGUACAGGCGGUUUUGAUUAAUUGUAAUAUGUUGGUUAUCCCUUAGCACAAAGCAGCGUCUGUAUGUGAACAGUGUUCAUUUCAUGCUGGAUAUGAAGCAGUGCACUACUGGUAACAAGACAAUGCUUUAAUGGUUUGAUAUAUUUGGUGCUGUGUAUAGUAUUGUAUGUUGAUACAAUGCAGACUUUUUUUUCCCCCCUCCCCAUUCUUGAUGUUUCUAAAUAGCUUUAGGGAUCAUUUCAGAGUUUCACGUGCCCAGUUCUGGAAACAGCUAGGAUAUUCUGCAGUCCAUCAACCCAUUCACAAAGAUCUGAAACCGAAUUUCUCUCUGCAGUUUAUCCUGUUGAAGGUUAUGAAUCCUUGUUUAACUGGAUGCAGUGCGGUUUGUCUUUGUAAGUGGCAACUUCCAGGGCAUUCUUUAUUCUAAGUCAUUUUCUAUGCUGCAAGAUAAAAAAGAAAAAAAUCACAUGUCAUUUCUUGGAGAUAUUAUAAAGAGAAGUUCCCAAGCCUUGCUAAUUACCUAUGUUUUCUUCUGAUUCAGUUUGUAAACAGUUCUUUGUUUAUUAAAAGGUAAAGAGGAAUCAGUGUCUGUAUUUGAACAAUAUGAAUCUAGAAAGGAACUUUGCAUCUAGAAAGGAACUUUGGGAAGCAGCAUGGCUCAGUGGAAAGAGCCUGGGCUUCGGAGUCAGAGGUCAUGAGUUCGACUCCUGGUUCUGCCA